GCGUGCAAUUGCAGCAGACCGCGACAUAACAGUUGCAACAAUGGAUCUGCACUAUCGCCAACACCUUGAGUUCGGAACCGCGUGAGACAGCUCCAAAGUUCGAUGGGCAGGAGAUCUUCUGCGACUCAAUGAAGACAGAUCCGGUUCCAUGGUUUCGCAAGUUCGAGCUCACGCUCCAGCUCCACAACGUCAAGGAACACAAGCACCAUGCAUACUUGUACUCUUGCUCAGCGGGUGCGUGUCAGGCUUGGUUGGACAACCUGUUGUCCAAGUACGGAGUGGUAGCUAACGACUUGCACACCAAGAUCACUUGGGAUGAUCUGAAGGCGGCGUGGCACAAGCGGUUCCAGGUGGAGCCGCCGGAGAUUAAAGCCAUGGACAAGCUCAUGGUCUUCGAGCAAGGCACGCUGCCGAGUACCGACUGGAUCGUCGAGUACCAACGCUUGAAGUCAGUCCCAGACAUCCAGAUGGGCUUCAAAGCCAUCCGCCAUUACUUCAUCUCAAGGUCAUGUCCGGCAUUAAGCAAUGCCCUGACGCAUGUUGAGGACACCUUGACGACGACGGCGGGUUGUUUGACAAGGCAGCGCAAAUCAUCAUCACGAACAAGGAGGCCAAGAACCUCCUUCGGAGGAAGGCAAAACCCGACGGCGAUCAAGUUGGCGGAUGGAAAGACGCAACAACUUCUCGACCGUUACAUCGAGGCCGCACCGGUCUAUUUCGCACCUCAUGCAUGCGAACCGGUGACAUUCAAUAUUCUCGACACGGACUUCGACAUCAUUCUGGGAAUGCCUUGGCUUGCAAGUGCGGAUCACACGGUCAACUUCCAUCGGCGGACUCUUAGCGUUCGCGACGCCUUCGGCGCGGAAGUGGCGUGUACUAUUCCUCUACUGCACACUUCGAUCCGGUGCCAAGUGGUGACGGCCAAAUCAUUCCGGGCGACUUGCGCUUACGAGCAGCCCGAGGAGAUCGGCCUAUGUUUCCUACGGACCAUCGCGGUAGCCGACUCUUCACCCACAGACUUGUCUUCGGACCCCCGUGUGGUGCGGUUGCUGGACGAGUUCGCCGACAUCUUCGAGUCACCUACUGGUGUGGUGCCGGAUCGGCCGCUCUCUCACGAGAUCAUUCUUGAGGCCGGUGCCGUGCCGCCGAAAGGUUGCAUCUAUCGGAUAAGCGAGGAGGAACUUGAGGUCCUCCGCGCACAACUCGAUGAUUUGCUGGCCAAGGGCUGGAUCCGCCCUAGCAGCUCCCCAUAUGGAGCACCAGUUCUCUUCGUCAGGAAGAAGAACAAGGAUCUACGAUUGUGUAUCGACUACCGCAAGCUCAACGCGCAAACCGUUAAGAAUGCGGGGCCUCUUCCUCGCAUCGAUGGUCUUCUUGAGCGAUUGGGCGGCGCAAAAUAUUUUUCUAAGUUGGAUUUGAAAUCGAGAUAUCAUCAAAUCUCGAUCCAGCCGAACGAACGCUACAAGACCGCGUUCAAGACGCGGUACGGGCAUUUUGAGUGGGUGGUCAUGCCUUUUGGCCUCACCAACGCCCCGGCGACGUUUCAGGCGGCAAUGACCAAUGAAUUCCGUGCAAUGUUGGACCGGUUCGUGCUGGUCUACUUAAACGAUAUUCUCGUCUAUAACCGGUUAUUGGAGGAUCAUCUUGGGCAUCUUCGACGAGUGUUGGAGACGCUCCGCCGCGCCAAGUACAAGGCCAACGGCAACAAGUGUGAAUUUGUCCGGCAGGAGCUGGAAUACUUGGGCCAUUUUGUCACACCGGAGGGCAUCAGUCCGCUAUCAGACAAGAUUCAGGCCGUCCAGGAGUGGCCGGAGCCUCGGAACGUCACGGAUGUCCACUCGUUCCUCGUCCUCGAGCAACAUGAUGGUGUGGACUGGCACUCGGUCGAGUACUUCAGCAAGAAAGUGCCCAUCGUGCAUUCCAUUGACGAUGCACGCAAGAAGGAGCUCCUCGCCUCCGUCCACGCGUUCAAGCGGUGGCGGCACUUCCUCCUUGGUCGAAGCCAAUUUCGCUGGGUAACGGACAACAAUCUGUUGGUCUUCUACAAGACCCAAGACACCGUCAACAGCACCAUCGCUCGAUGGAUGACUUUCAUCGACCAGUUCGACUUCUUUCCCGAUCACAUUCCCAGGAAGUCGAACCGCUUUGCAGAUGCUCUUUCACGGCGUCCGGAUCAUUGUACCGCGGUCUACUCAACCUUCGAGAUCGACGACGACCUGCGGAACAGCUUCAUCCGCGGCUACCAAGCCGACCCCGAGUUUCGCGACAAGUACGCGAAUUGCUCCUCUCCUAAUCCGGCUCCUUCUCACUACUGGAUCCAAGAGGAGUACUUGCUUGUCCACACGCGGGGGAAGGACCUUCUUUGCGUACCGAGUGAUCCUCACUUGUGUACAUGGCUUCUUGGCGAGUUCCACGAUGCUCCCGCCACCGGACACUUUGGAGUCAAUCGCACGAUUGGCCGACUUCGCCAGCGAUUUUGGUGGCCCGGCCUUCUCGGCGACGUCACGCGCUAUUGCGAGUCAUGCAAGCACAAGACCGGAGUGGAUGGGAUUCUCACGGUGGUCGACCGACUCACCAAGUUCGCCAUGUUUUUGCCUUGUCGCUAUCACGCCAAGGCACCGGAGUUGGCCGAGGUUCUUUACGCCGGUUGGAUUCGAACGAAGGAUUACCCCAAGGAGAUCGUCUGCGACCGCGACACUCAGUUCAUGUCCGAUUUUUGGUUGGCGCUCAUCAAACGAUGGGGCUCAUCUCUCAAGCCCAGUUCAGCUCGCCACCCUCAGACCGAUGGCCAGACGGAGAGGGCGCAUCAGACCGCACAGGUUCUCCUUCGCACUCUCAUCCGCCCCGACCAGAAAGACUGGGUUGAGCGACUGCCGGGCGUCGAGUUGGCCUACAACUCUUCCAUCCACCCGGCUAUUGGGAUAUCGCCCUUCGAGUUAGAGCACGGCUCGCCGGUCACGUCACCGUUGGACACUAUUACUCCACGCACGGUCGAGAGCGACGACCAUCUUUUUUUCUUGCGUCGGAUGCAAGAGCUUCUUGUCAAGGCACACGACCAGAUGGCUAAGACGCAGCAGCGCAUGAGCCAACAGGCCAAUCGCUACCGUCUUCCUUGUCCAUUCCGCGCCGGGGACCUCGUCUGGGUUUCCGCAGCGGAAUUCAGCCUUGAACAAGACAUCUCUCGCAAGCUCCUUGCGAAAUGGAUGGGGCCUUGGCCGAUCGUAGCACCCGCUGGGGACGCACCCGGAGGACCAUCCUUCACGAUUCAGCUGCCUGGCCACUUGCCCGUCUACCCAGUCUUUCAUUGCUCCAAAUUGGCUCUCUACACGCCAGCGGAACAUGACGAUUUUCCCGGGAGACGUACGCAAGACCCGCCUUCUAUGGACGGUUUUCAGGAGGUCGGCAACAUCAUCUCCCAGUGAUGCCACGACAAUAAGCCAACUGAGUAUUUGGUGCAUUUUGCAUACUGCACACACCGAGCUGACCGUUGGUUAACCCGUGCGGAACUUCAGGCAACAGCUCUAGACAUUCUCGCACACUACGAACGCAAGAUGCAAGGCAAGCCGGUUUCUUCGGCUCCACGCCGCGCCCGCGUCCAGGUCCCACCUUCAGAUCGUCGGCUUCGCCCCCGCCCCGGCUUGACUUCAUAAGGAGGGGGGGGGGUUACAUGCUGCGCGUGCACACGCGGGCCAUUUUGCAGGCCCGACGUCCUUCAGGCCAAAAGCCUGAAACCCAGGGCUAACAGGGCCCAUGUCGGAUCAGGCCGAAAGCCUGAAUUUCAGGGCCACAGCCCCUAUGUCGUUUCAGACUAAAAACGGCAUCAGCCUUUUUAGCCUGAAACAAAGGGCCAUUUUUGGU